AGCCACUCAUGCUCAAAGGCCUAAGGCCAGGGGAGCGUGUGGGAGGCACGCUGAGCGGCCGGCGAGGUGUUGGGCAAGCUGCGGAAGCACAAAGCGACAUUUUGCUCGAUGCGCUGUGCUGCUGCAGGGUGAACCCGCUUUGCGCGGCACCAAAGAGCAGCAUCAAGCUGCGCACCACGCUAGGCAUGAAGAGCAUCGGGAAGAUACUUCUCGGUGGAAAGCCGGCAAACGCCUCAACAGGAGGGCCAGAAAAAAGCCUUUUGCGGGCUACAAGCGCUCCCUCACUGAAGAAGGCGUGUGUGAUCCCAAAGUGGCUGGCGCACGAGCUGCUACAGGAGAGGAACGCCGCGCAAGCGCACGAGGAUUGGCGCCGCGAUGUGACGGAGCGGCUGCAGCAGAUUCGGCGCAAGCCAAGUUUGAAUGAUGCGUUGAACGCUUUGGUCUAUCAGCUCAAGAGAGACAACCUGACAGAGGGGGAGCUCUUCGCGCGGAUCGACGCGGAUAGCGACGGGGAGCUGAGCCGGUUGGAGCUGCAGGUGGCCCUGCGGAAGCUGGGAGUCUCUCUGAGCACUUCGGAGCUCGAUGGGAUCCUGCGCAUCUUUGACAGCGACGGAAGCGGGUCCACCGACUUUUCUGAAUUCUACCAUCUGAUCAAGUCUCAGGAAGACCAUCUUCCAGACAACUACGGCACGGACGAGAAUCAGGGCCGAGAGAAGCUGCAUGGCUACACGGUGGGAGAGCGGGUGAAGCUCCGACUCUGCAUGUCCAACAAGGCGCUGCAGCUGGACGCUCACGCCGACAUAAAGAGCUUGCAUGGGACCAUCGUGGGCAAUGGCGCUCGCAGCGGUACUUUCCUGCUGCAGCUUGAAGACACCAAUGAGAAACUGCUGGUGAAGCCAAGGCAGCUGUCAAAGACAAAGCCUACGAAGGCUGCGCCUUUGAAGAGGAGCAACACAUUUGAACUGGCCUAGCGUCGGCCAGCGUCCUUUAUCAAGCGCUGUUGGAGCGCAUACUGGAGCCUAUGCAGAGUGACUCGCUCCGGGUCCAACGAACCCGUGUUUCCAGGCUUCCAGUCACCGACAGCUUGAGCGCAAGGGACGGCAAAAUGCGGGCAGAGCAAGCCAUCCCAAAGGGAUGUGGCUCUCAGGCCAGCUCAUCUAGAAACCUGGACCAGGUGAAAACCUGCAGCAAGGUUGAGACAGAUUUGCUACCAUGACUUAGGGAUCUGUCCUGUCUCAUGUAGUUG